AUGAAUCAUUCAAAUCAAACCUCUUACUACACUAGAUCAUAUCACACACUUCUACUUGAAAAUGAUCUUGAUGCUGAUGAUGACAGCGAUGUUAACAGUGGUGAUCGAUCGACUCAGUAUGAUUAUUCUCAUUCAAAUCUUAACUUCAAUUGGAAAUCAAGUACAACUAAAAUGACCGACUGGGCUGAAAAACGAUUAAUUAAAGAUUUACUACACGAUUAUGAAAAACAAUCAAGACCUGUUGUUGAUGGAUUAACUCCUGAGGUAUAUUUAACACCAACACAAGUAGCACAACAAAUUACUGUAGAAUUUGGUUUGGAAUUAUUACAAAUAUUAGAUUUAGAUGAAAUGGAUCAAAUCCUGACAACAAGUGUACGAUCAUUAUAUAAAUGGACUGAUCAUAACUUAAUUUGGAAUCCAAAUGAUUAUGGAGGUAUUGAUUCAGUAACUAUACCUGUAGAAUAUAUCUGGAUACCUGAUAUCCUGCUAUACAACUAUGCUGAUGAAAGACUUGAUGAACGAAGACCUUGUGAUGCACGAAUAAGUCCCAACGGAAAUGUUCUAUGGAAUCCAAUGAGUAUAUUUAAAAGUACAUGUUCUGUGGAUAUUAAAUAUUUUCCAUUUGAUCGACAAAAAUGUGUUCUAAAAUUUGGUCCAUGGAGUUAUGAUGGAUUUCGUGUAAAUAUUUCAUUUUUUGAUGGGGAACGUAAUUUUCGUAUGCUUAAUUAUAUAACUAAUCCUGAAUGGAAUAUACUGAAUUCAAGUGCUGUUUUCACUGAAAUCACCUAUCCAUGCUGUGCAGAAAAAUAUCCGGAUAUGACAUUUCAUGUAUGGAUUAAACGUAAAUCAGCGUUUUAUACGUAUAUAUUAAUUAUACCAAGUAUUCUGCUGUCAUCAUUGACAUCUGUUAUCUUUUGGCUUCCACCACAUUCACCGUCAAAAAUUGUUCUAGCCAUGAAUGUAUUCGUGCAUUCCUGCUACUUCAUCUUCUAUUAG